GUGGGCGGCUGCAGUCUGGGGCCCCAGACAGCCAGCCUCUCUCAACUGAGCUGACACCAUGAAGGCCCUCUCAGCCCUGCCACUGCUGCUGAUGCUGCUCUCCACGCCUCCCCCCUGCGCCCCGCGAGUCUCUGGGAUCCGGGGAGAUGCGCUGGAGAAGUCCUGUCUGCAGCAACCCCUGGACUGUGAUGAUAUCUACGCCCAGGGUUAUCAGGAAGACGGCGUGUACCUCAUCUAUCCCUAUGGCCCCAGUGUGCCCGUGCCCGUCUUCUGCGACAUGACAACCGACGGUGGCAAGUGGACGGUUUUCCAGAAAAGAUUCAACGGCUCAGUGAGUUUCUUCCGGGGCUGGAGCGACUACAAGCUGGGCUUUGGCCGUGCUGACGGGGAGUACUGGCUGGGUAAGGUGGGGCCAUGGGGUGGGGGCUGCCCCUCAGCCAACUCUCUGCUGACCAGCUGCCACCCGUCCCUAGGGCUGCAGAACCUGCACCUCCUGACACUGAAGCAGAAGUAUGAGCUGCGUGUGGACUUGGAAGAUUUUGAGAACAACACAGCCUAUGCCAAGUACAUUGACUUCUCCAUCUCCCCCAACGCCAUCAGCGCUGAGGAGGAUGGCUAUACUCUCUACGUGGCUGGCUUUGAGGAUGGCGGAGCAGGUGACUCACUGUCCUACCACAGUGGCCAGAAGUUCUCCACUUUUGAUCGAGACCAGGACCUCUUCGUGCAGAACUGUGCAGCCCUCUCCUCGGGAGCCUUCUGGUUCAGAAGCUGCCACUUCGCCAAUCUCAACGGUUUCUACCUGGGUGGUUCCCACCUCUCCUAUGCCAAUGGCAUCAACUGGGCCCAAUGGAAAGGCUUCUACUACUCCCUCAAACGCACGGAGAUGAAAAUUCGUCGGACCUGAGGGGCUGGCCCAAGUAGGCCCCAUCUCUCCCCUGGAAGUCCCAAGGGUCCAUGUUCUCCCUCCACGCUUUACCCACAACUUCUGAGCACCAGCCACGCCCUGGCAAAUCUCUGUCCCACAUACAGCCACACCCUGUUGCAUCCCACCUGCUAGGCUGUCAGCGGCCCUCCAGGCCUUUCUGUGGCCAAGCCAUCCUAGCCUGGACCUGGCUGAAAUCCACAAAAACUCCAAGUUGCUUCAACCCCUUCACGAUAGCUGAAAGCCAGAAGCUACCUUCUAGCUGCCAGCCUUUGCAGUCCACCUCAGCAGUUUCCUUACUGCAGAGCCGUCUGUUUGGGGCUACCCUAGACAGAGCAAUGCACCUGUGGCAUUGCCAAUCAGCUCCUGCAUAGCCACUGCCACGCCCCAACACUCAUAUAGCUCUCCUCAGAAUACUUCCUAUCUUGGUCUCAUCACCUUACUCCCUAAGUGAGCAUCAUGGAGCCCAACCCCGUCUGCCUUCACUCAUCCCUCAAAAUUCAACACCAAAACAAUACUCACCACGGCUACUGCUCAACUCUGAAGCAGUCAUGACAAAGACAGGCUAGUUGACUUGGUGCCCUACUUGCCCUAGCAAUCGUCACGAGAGGUAGCAGAAAAUAAUCUGUGGGGCUGGGAGUGGGUGGGAAGCAGAGAUCUCAAUAAACUUCAGGAUGUGAUGG